GACAGUCUGGCAGAGAUGGCGGGCAGGGGAGCAUGUACCACCGGCUUUGCUGUCUGCAUAUUUUUAGUCACGUGCGGUGCCACAUCUCGUGUGAUGAGCCUCGAUUCAGAGUCAUUCAGCAAACUAAGCAACAACAUUGAAAGCUGGAUAAAUGGACUACAUGCAAUGACAAGCCAUGCACAAGUUCUUAAGAGGGACCUGAGCAUGGAAGCCGGGGUGAGCAUCGAGCCAGUUUACCCACAGGACCUGGUGAAGAAAAUGGCCUUGAAUAUCAAGGACCUCCUCAACUCUAAGCGCCAUGCCCUUCUGAGAAUUGUAGAACAUUUAGAAGAUGCUACAACAACAUACCUGUGGAGUGAUUAUCUCAGACUGAACACAUCACACCCUUUGCUCAUGAAAGACCUGGACCCCAACAACUCAUCCCAUGAGAUGACACUUGAUGACAGACUCGGUGUUCCUGUCAGAUACAACAUCUCUGGCAUACAUGUUCCUCUGGAAGUGUAUGAAGGAUGGUUAUGGCCCAACAUCAGGGAGCAUAGGGAACAGGAUCCAGAAAUUUUGAAUGGCCUCCACUGGUCGGCAACGGUUGACCGGGUAUUCCAGGAAAACUUUGAGGGUGAUUCAACACUCGCUUGGCAGUACUUUGGAGCACAAACUGGCUUUAUGCGAGUUUAUCCAGCUACCACAUGGUAUGUUCCUCCUAACCUCAUUGACUUGUAUGAUGCCCGUUUACGUCCAUGGUAUGUUCAAGGUUCUGUUUCACCAAAGGAUAUGAUCAUACUUAUGGACAGGAGUGGGAGUGUACAUGGGCAAACAUUCACCAUAAUGAAGUGGGCAGUAAAAACAUUAAUUGAUACACUUGGAGAAAAUGACUUCGUCAAUGUUGCUGCCUUCAACAGUACAACUGAGUGGGUCAACAACUGCAGCUACUGUGAGGUAAACAACACAACAGACAACCUUGAGUGCACUCAGCCUUUAGUGCAGGCCAGCACCACCAACAAGAAACUCUUAUUUCAAGCUAUUGAUAAGCUGGAAGAUGGAGGCAUGGCCAGCUAUACUAAUGCACUCACCUUUGCAUAUGAUGCUUUCAAGCAGUUUGAAGGUACUCGCAAAGAAGGGGAGGGAGCCAACUGCCACAAAACCAUUAUGCUUUUCAGCGAUGGAGGAACAGAGUGGCCAGAGGAAGUCUUCAAGAAAUUCCAUGCUGAUAACUAUACGAAGUCAGUACGAGUGUUCACCUAUGCUGUAGGCCCCCACCCCAUCCCGACAGCCGUUUUAAAACAGAUGGCUUGUUCUACAGGAGGGAAAUAUUCAGUCAUUACCACAAGAAGCAGUGUUAGAACUAAAAUACAGGAAUCGUACACAAGCUUACUCUCUCCUGCUCAACCCCUGAGUGGAAUUCACACUGACCAAUACACAACUGCGUACACAAGUGCUGUGGACUAUUUGCAAGUGCUAGCAAGACCUCAGGCCCUCCCUCUAGCAGAGUCAAUGGUAACGUUCGACCAAGAGCGAGUGACAGAGGAACUAACAGUGUCUCUCACAAGACCAGUGUACAACAUGUCAGAUUAUACUAACACAUCAGCUUUAUUGGGUGUUGCAGGGAUCGAUGUCCCAAUACAAACUCUCAAGAACCUUUCCCCAUUUGAAACUUUAGGACCAAAUGGUUAUGCCUUCAUCAUCAACCACAAUGGUUUCCUUGUGCUUCAUCCAAAACUCCGUAAACAACUAUCCUACCUUUUGGGUCCUCCCCACAUAGACUUACUGGAUGUUGAGGAAGAUAUACUCAAGACAAAUAUUAUCCGAGACACCAUGAUAAAAGGGAGUAUUGAAAAUAUUCAAGUGUUGGGCAAGAUCAGUGUAGAUGAAGCUCAUCGUGUCUUGUAUGACGGUAUACAGUUUUCAUUCUCACCAAUACCCAACACUUCCUACAGCCUUGGCCUCGUAAACUUAAAAAGGUCAGACCACCUAGUGAUUCGAAACCAAGAUAAUUCACUGAUGAUUCCUCCUAAUAUAUCUACAACAGUAAUUGCACCUUGGCCCUACUGUAGAGGCCAGCAGGCAAGCAGUCAUACAGACCACUUAACCAGACUUAUAAGGGAUAUCCAAAAUAAAAAACGAACAUGUAAGUGUAUUUUGUUCUUUAAUUACAUGUACAGUACUGUAGUGUUUUUGAAGUUAGAAUAUGUAGUACUGUAUUCGCUUUUAGGGAUUAAUUUGAUAUAUACUUUUAUGUAUGGAACUAUUAUGAUAUAGUUUGGAAAAGAACAA